AUGGCUACUCCAAGUCCGAUCCAGCCCACUUUCCAGGGCUAUCUCAGCUCGUCUGCCAGAUCGCCGCGCUCACGUCGCAAUCGGCCCUGCGACUUCUGCCGCUACCGCAAGGUCGCCUGCAAGAUAAGCGCGGUGGGCGUGCCCUGCGAGCUCUGUCUGGCUAAACAGCACGCUUGCACCUUUGAUGAGGCCCCUCGGAAACGUCGGCGGCCUCGGAUAUCUGUAUCUCCUGGACCGGUGGAUAAUAUGGACACUGCUGGGGACGAAUUUCCGGCUGCUGAUGGGAUCGUGGAUGAACCGACCCAAGGCAUCGCGCCAGAGAUGAAUCUUGACCACGACCUGCAUGAGAUCAGCGUUCUCGACUUCUCACCCUCCGCCGUCCUGCAAGGGAUGCAUUCCCCAUCGGAGCAGCGGCUUAUCGACCCCAUCGGCUACACUCUACAGGACGGCCUUCACCGCAGUCCGACCUCUAUACAAGCGGCAAAUUCGGUGCCUACUCCGGCAUCUGCGACCAGCCAGUCGCGUUCCUGUCAAGGGAAGAACGCGGUGGUGUCUCCUUCUUCUCCAGAGCCCGCGAGUGGUCGACCUCCCUCGCCUCUGAUGCGCUUCGUCGGUUCUUCUGGGGACCUCGACACCUACCUUCUAGCGCAUCGACAUUACGACGAACAGAACUUUUCUGUUUCGCGACAUACUCAAAUCGUUUACCAGCGACUGCAGAACCUGGAGAGUUCUCUUGCGGAGUGCAAGCCUCCACCGCUACUGACCAUGUGUCGGGACCCCUCGCUGCCGAGAGGCCACGAGAUCACCGAUAUCAAGCUGGUUCAGGAUGCGCGACAAGAGGUUCAUCAACUGCUAAACCUCGAUACGGCCAGACGACUGUCUGCACUCUUCGCCCGCUUCGUGCAUCCAUACUUACCGAUCAUCGAGAAAAGGACGCUAACUACAGAUACCUCCCGCCUCUUUGACUCUCCAGCCUUGCUCGCUGCAAUAGCUGCUACGGCCAGCCACUUUGUAGCUUACGACGAUGUGUUAUGCCUCAAAUCGUCCAGUCCUCCAUCUCCGGGACGACUCUACCAGCUGAGCUGGCGAUUGGUGCAGGAGGAUUUGGCGUCGCCGCGACUCUCGACGGUGCAGGUGUUGAUACUGCUCCUCCAUCGUCAUUUGCCCGACGAACUCUCCUUCGAAGGGUCCAUGGACUCGAAUAUUCGAGGAUUACUCGUAGCGUCGACGUACAGCCUCGGCCUGAACCGUGACCCAAGUAACUGGGACACCCUUUCGCCAGACCAACGGAAGCUUCGAAGAUGUCUCUGGUGGGUCGCGUGGGUGACCGAGAAGUGGAUGGCUUUCAGCGACGGCAUGCCCAGCCAGUAUCACCGCGCCGAUUACAACGUUGCACCGUUGGAGGAAGCUGAUAUAGCUGCACUCAACGAUAACUCGACUCUCCCCUCGCCGUUCGUGUAUCUGAAUCAACUCACGUUCAUCCUCGAUGAUGUGGUCCAGUCCUACUUUAGCCUUGCAGCCUCCGAUCAUACGUCGAGCUCGCUCUCCGUAUCGCUGGAACUGGCCAAGAACCUUCGACUGCGUCUGAAAGCCUGGUUCGAUGGCUUGCCAAAUCGCUUACAACCCCAUGACCGAAGAGCUACGACAGAUCUAGAUGAUGUUGAUGACCCUGAAGUCGGUGGAAACUUCUCGCUCAACCUGGCGUACAUGACGACCCAACUGGCGAUUUACCGGGCUUUGAUCCGCCCCGUUUCUCUGGUCGCAUUACAGUGUCAUACAUGGCACAAUGCCCCAGUUUCAGUAGAGAUUGACUUGGACGCGGCCGAGGCAGUUGUCGAAGGCGCCAUUUCCAACUCGAAGUCUCUCAUUUCCUCGCUCACCAAGCUUACCACCGCCGAGUGGGAUUCGUUCUGGCCAGGAUGUAAGACCUUUUGUACCUACCUUGAUGCGUGGAUUUGGCGAUGA